AGCGGGGCGGCGGCGGGAGGAAGGAACCGGGGAGGAGAAAGGGGGGGGGGCACCCGGGGCGCGGCGCUCCGCCCCGAGGGUGCCCCGGUGCCCCCGGUGCCGGGCAGCCCGGGCGGGGGGCGGCGGGGGGCGGCCCCUCCGCGCAUUCGUUUUCGCCGCCCCGGGGCCGCUCCCGGGGCCGGGGAACGGCGGCUCCGCCCGCGCCCCGCAUCUCCCCCCCCUUCCCCUUCUCCCUUCCCCGGAGGCCGGCGGCGAGCCCCGGCGGGGCGGGGGCGGCGGGGCCGGUUCGGCCGCGGUAACGGCGCUCUUUGCCCCCGCUGCAGCCAUCAUGUUGACGCGACUUUUCAGCGAGCCCAGCCUCAUCCCCGAAGUUCAGAAAUUCUCCAGCUGGGCCGAGGAGUGCGAGGAGGAUGCCCGCAGCGACAAGGAGGAGCGCAAGGGUAAGGGCUGCGCCCUCCCCGAGGAGCCGCCCGAGGGCUCGCUGGGGGAGAGCAAGGAGGAAGGGGAGCUAGGCGGGGACGAGGAGGAGGAGGAGGAGGAGGAGGAAGGCCUGGAGGAGGCCGAGGGCGACCGGCCCAAGAAGCGCGGCCCCAAGAAGCGCAAGAUGACCAAGGCGCGGCUGGAGCGCUCCAAGCUGCGGCGGCAGAAGGCGAACGCCCGCGAGCGGAACCGCAUGCACGACCUGAACGCGGCCCUGGACAACCUGCGCAAGGUGGUGCCCUGCUACUCCAAGACCCAGAAGCUGUCCAAGAUCGAGACCCUGCGCCUGGCCAAGAACUACAUCUGGGCUCUCUCCGAGAUCCUGCGCUCGGGCAAGCGGCCCGACCUGGUGUCCUACGUGCAGACUCUGUGCAAGGGGCUCUCGCAGCCCACCACCAACCUGGUGGCCGGCUGCCUGCAGCUCAACUCCCGCAACUUCCUGACGGAGCAGGGCCAGGAGGGGGGCCGCUACCACGGCCCCAACGCCUCCUUCGCCGUGCACCCCUACCCCUACCCCUGCUCGCGGCUGGCCGCGGCGCAGUGCCCGCCGCCCGCGGGGCCCGGCUCGCACGGGCUGAGGACACACAGCUACUGCGCCUCCGCCUACGAGAGCCUCUACGGCAACGCGUCCCCCGACUACAACAGCUCGGAGUACGACGGCGGGCUCAGCCCCCCCCUGUGCAUUAACGGCAACUUCUCCCUCAAGCAAGACUCUUCCCCCGACCACGAGAAAAGCUACCACUACUCUAUGCACUACUCGGCGCUGCCCGGCUCCCGGCCCGCCGGCCACAACCUGGUCUUCGGCUCGGCGGGGAUGCGCGGGGGGGUGCACUCCGAGAACAUCUUCCCCUACGACAUGCACCUCCCGCACGAGCGGGGCCCCAUGUACGAGGAGCUCAACGCCUUCUUCCACAACUGACCCCCCCCCCCCCGCCCCGGCCCCGCCGCCGCUCCCUCCCCGUGCCCGCCCUCCUCUUCCUCCCUCCCCCCCCCCCUCAGCCCCGGCCGGGGGGGCCGCGGCGGCCCCGCGGACCGGCCCCCGGGGCUCCGCCGUGGGCUUUGGUGCAAUAUGGGGACCCGGCCCCGGCGGCGGGUCCCCGAGCCCCGUGGGGACAAAGUGCUUUUUUUUGGAGGAUUUCUCCUUUUUUUUUUUUUUUUUUUUUUAAUUAUUAUUAUUAUUUAUCCCGCGAGGGGGGGCGGGGCGCCGAGCGCUGCCCAAGGCCCCCCCCCGGCAACGGCGGAGGCGCGCCCGCAGCCCGGCCCGGGGCGCUGGGUCGGGCCGCGUCGUUUGCUUUUUAAUUCGUUUUUAUUUCUCGCCCCCCCCCGCCCCGCCCCGUAACCGUUUUGGGCCGUUUCUCCCCUCCGCCGCCGUGAGCCCCCCCGAGCAUUGGACACCCGCUGCCCCGGCCCGUGGGAGCGAGAGGAGAGCGCGCUGCGGCGCGGAGCGAAACUUUCCGAAGCAAUAAAGAGGCGAAACGGAGACCCCAAUAUUUCUAUCUAUGCAAGCAGGCCCGGCCCGGCGGACGCUCAGAGAUGCACUUUGCUUUGGGGGGGCCCGGCCCGGCCCCGCUCCCGGCCCCGGUGCCCGGAGCUCCUCUCGCAGCGCGUGUGUCAGGACGUUUUUUACCUGUUUUAAAAAAACUUGAAACGGAAAAAAAAAAAAAAAAAAAAAAGGAAAAAAAA